AUGAAGCUCUUGCAAUUUCUCCCGGCUGGCAUUCUCUGCCUCAGCCAAGUUCACGCUCGAAGCCCUCUUCACCAGCUGAACCGCCGCGCUUGCAGUGGAAACACCGCUUCUACUCGCUCGGAGUGGUGCGACUACUCCAUUGACACGGACUACAGCACUGAAGCUGUAGAUACUGGCGUCACUCGCGAGUACUGGCUAGAGCUGACGGACGUUACUGUUGCCCCUGAUGGCUACUCUCGUUCAGCCAUGGCCGUCAACGGUACCAUUCCUGGGCCUACUCUCUUUGCUGACUGGGGUGACACUGUUGUCAUUCACGUCACAAACUCUCUCAGCACUUCUCUGAAUGGUACCAGCAUGCACUGGCAUGGUAUUCGUCAGAACUACACCAACCAGUAUGAUGGUGUAUCAUCUAUCACUCAAUGCCCCCUUGCCGUUGGGGAGUCUGUGACUUAUACCUGGAAGGCCACCCAGUAUGGCUCGACUUGGUAUCACUCCCACUGGGCUCUGCAGGCGUGGCAAGGCAUCUUCGGCGGUAUCAUCAUCAACGGACCUGCCACGGCAGACUACGAUGAGGAUCUUGGCAUGGUGUUUCUCAAUGACUGGGAUCAUCAGACCGUCGAUGAGUUGUACAGUUCGGCUGAGACCAAUGGACCUCCCACCUUGGACAAUGGUCUCAUCAACGGUACAAACGUCUACGGGGACGACGACAGCUCUUCUCAAACAGGCACUCGCUUCAAUGUAUCGUUUGAGUCUGGCACUUCCUACCGUAUGAGACUUGUCAAUGCCGCAGUUGACACUCACUGGAAGUUCUCGAUCGACAACCAUACCUUGACUGUGAUCGCAGCAGACCUUGUACCAAUUGAGCCAUACGAAACCACAGUUCUGGACUUGGGCAUGGGACAACGCUACGAUAUCGUAGUCACUGCAGAUCAAGCGGACGUCGCCGACAACUUUUGGAUGCGCGCCAUCCCACAGGCCGCCUGUUCCGAUAACGACUCCACCGAUAACAUCAAGGGCAUCGUCUACUAUGGAGACAGCCCCGGCACGCCAUCCACUACUGCCUACGACUACACCGACGGUUGCGAUGACGAGACGGAUAAUAUCGUACCGUACAUAUCCAAGACAGUUGAAGAUGCCAACUGGAAUGAUCUUGAGACGGCUACAGUUGGCAAGAACACAGCUGGUCUGUUCAAGUGGAUGCUCAACAGCACCAGUAUGUUGGUGGACUGGGCAAACCCUACACUUGCCCAGGUCCUCAACGAUACAACUGACUUUGAGACCGAUGAUGCGGUCAUUGAACUCAGCGACGGGAACCAAUGGGUCUACUUCGUUAUUGAGACGACUCUACCAGUACCCCAUCCCAUUCAUCUCCACGGACACGACUUCUUUAUCUUGGCCCAAGGGACGGGUACUUAUUCUUCCUCUAUAACCCUGAACACAGAUAACCCUCCUCGACGAGACACAGCUAUGCUGCCUGCCAACGGGUAUCUGGUGAUGGCUUGGGAGACUGACAAUCCUGGCGUUUGGUUAUGCCACUGCCAUAUUGGUUGGCAUACAUCCGAGGGAUUCGCGUUGCAGUUCCUCGAGCGUUCAAGCGAGAUUGCUGACAUCUCUACAUCGAGCUAUGUUUCGGACGUUUGCGAUGGCUGGAGUACUUUCCAGAGUGAGUCGUCGAUCGAGCAGGAGGAUUCUGGUGUUUAA